GUAAACUAGGACUACUAGGACUGUAAAGGCGGUUCGUUUCCCGCUGUUUUUUCAGUAUCGUUACGAUCAAGUGGUUUGAGAAGUUACACAAGUUUCACAAGUCAGUGAUAAACGAAGGAAAAAUGUUAAAAUUCGUAAAAUUGUCUGAUAAAGCGUUUGCACCAGUAAAGGGAUCACAAUAUGCUGCUGGGUUCGAUUUAAGAAGUGCCUAUGAAUACAUUGUGCCUGGACAUGGUAAAGCACUCGUCAAAACAGAUUUGCAAAUUGAAGUUCCUGACAGCACAUACGGAAGAAUAGCACCACGUUCGGGAUUGGCAUGGAAACAUCAUAUUGAUGUAGGCGCAGGUGUUAUUGACGCCGAUUAUCGCGAGGAAAAUGUAUGGAAGCUCUGUCAAGAUGUAACGACCAGACACGGAUCGGAAUUACAGCAUUGCUAUGUUGCUUUCGUGAGCAACUCCUGGCGUAGCGUACCGCUUUGGCGACAACGUGCAGGAAAGGACGAGGAUAAGCUCGUAGUUUGGGACUUCCACGUAAUCCUUAUCUACGCACCCGACGAAAGGGCGGUUGUUUACGAUUUAGAUAGCGCGUUGCCGUUUCCGACGCAUUUCUGGAAAUACGCGAUGGAAACGUUUAGGUCGGACGAGGUUCUACAGCCAGAACAUCACAGAAGAUUCAGAGUGAUCCCAGCCAAUGUGUACUUGCGAGAAUUUGCAUCGGAUCGACAUCAUAUGAAACGCGAGGAUGGAACAUGGAUCAAGACGCCACCGGAUUAUCCGCCAAUUUCAACAUCAACGUGCAAGGACAACUUGGAUUCCUUUAUUAACAUGGAUCCAGGGACCGGGUUUGGGGUUGUAUUGACUUUAGACCAAUUAUUCGACCGAUUUCAUAGGCCGAAUGCGAUCCCAACGGCUCCUCGUACACCUCAUCCGCAACCUACACCGACUUAAGUAAACUGCUAAGUAAGUUCCGCAAGGAUAACGAUUGUCUGCUUCGAUUUCCAAUUGUCAACAAAUGAAUUGUAUGGCCUAAGGGAAUUGGUUAAGUGCAUGUACCUUUGUGAACCGAAAUUGGGUUAAUAUUCGAUGAUAACAUUUAUCUAAGCAUUAUUCAUCGUUCAAAAUCACAGCUAUAUCUCUGUGAAUGAUAAACCGAUCAUUUUAUUUCUAUCAACAUUCUUAAUUCGCUAUAUAACCUUUAACACUAUCCCUGUUUAUAUGUGUCUCACGCAUUUUUUUACUCCUACCUAUUAAUUCGAAUUUAAAUAUAAGGUGUUUCACGCGACGCACAGGUCGAGCGCUACAAAUAUUACACAGUGUGAAACACCCGUAUAAAACCGUAUAUUUAAGAUUUUAAGUAUAUAUAAUGGAUAUUCGUGUGGAUCCAUAAAUGGAUCGUACAAUUGGAACUUAUUAAUUCUACAAACAAUUUGAUUUGAAAAUCCAGCAUGAUUAUUUCUCGUUUUAAUAAUAAUGAUGAAAACCUGUUCUUUUUUCAAUGUUAUCUCAUUUAACAAAACCGUAUAAGCUACAUGAUGUAAUAUGUAAAUUAUUAAAUAUUGAAAACGGUGAAAACCAUAAAUUUACAUAAAGAUACUAAUACUGAUGUUAGAAAUUGAUUCUUAAUAAUAAAUUUGUUGUAUGUUUGCUUGUCGAAUCGCAGUUUUCUUUAUGAAAAUUUUACAUCAUAUGAAAAAGGGGAAAAAGAGAAGGAAACAAAAAAUAGUAAUGAAGAGAAAGAAGAGAAGGAAGCAGAAGGAAGGAAAGAAUUAAUUAAUACCUCUAAAUCUAUAAAGCCUUUUGUUUCUACUGUGCUUCCAGGAUUCAAACAGCAAUGAUUUAAUGCAAUAUAUGGAGACUUUUUCAAUUGAGUGUAUAUACUGCUUUUGUCUUGUAUGAUUGUGCCCUAAGAGGUAUAUGGAAAAUAAAUCUUCACUUGUGAUUAAAAGUGAUUAAAAGGAAUAUAAUAUAAACAGAUAAUAUUGAUACAUUUCUCCUAAUAAAUUAUCUAUCGGCUACUAAAAUUUCACAAUAUUAUACAGCUUUGUUCUGGUUUACGGUUUGGUACGGGUCUUUCCUACUAUUAUCGUUGAAUGCUACGGUUCCAGCGAUAUUAAAUUAUGGGGUCGGAGCCUCCAUAAUUAAUCAAUAACAAUGCAAGGAGCAGUAACAGCGGGGAACAAAAGAGAGCGCCUGGACAAAACGCAUUUGAUCAAAGGGCGUAGAGCCCCAGCUUACCGUUGCGAAGUUCGAGAUUUGCUGGCUCCUCUCGUUAUUCCUCGGCUCCUAUAAUGUUUGGACAUUUCUCCAUUUUAAUAAAGAAAUCAAAACUUACAAGAAAGAUCCACGUCUUUAGAAAAACCAAUUCUUUUAUAACGAUAGUUCUACUUAUGUGUAAAAAUGUACUUGAUACGAUUAGACACAAGUAGCAAUAUCGUGAGAAAAAAAGUGGUUUCUGCAAGGACAUGCGCUUUUUCCUAUAGUGUCGAUAUCUAUUUGCCUCUAUUUCUAGGCUAUGCUGAUACGUUAUUUGUUCCCCUCUUUUUAAAAGUCUUUUUACAGAACCUUGCCAAGAACCCCAUCUCUCUGUGUUGUCUGCUACACAUUAACUAUCGACCAUGUUCCAAGCUUUUGGGUUCUGACCCAAGUAUUGGGGAUGACUGUUCUCGUCUUCAUACGUUUUAUCAUAACGCGUAAAUCUUUAUCGCGGCUUUGCUCCAUUGGUGGUGUUAUCGUUAUAGUUAUUGUGUCUAAGACUGACGUAUUUAUGGACACAUUCGUUCGACGAAGUAUUUACUGGCGCUUUUAUUAGCGCUGGUGCACAAAAAAAAAAAAAAAAGAAAACGAGGAAAGCGCUUAUUAUUGUUGUGCAACCGAGACAGUAAGGGCGAGAACGUGAUCUUUGCGAUAAUGUAAAAUAGUUAUUGUAAUUCUUGUGAUACUUUACACUUUCUACUUUGAAUACCUACGUAUAUACUGAUAUUGAUACUAAAAAUUGAUUCUUUAUAAUAUGUAGUGUGUUUGCUUGUCGAAACAGAAUUUUCUCUGUGAAAAUUUGAUCAAUGGAAAUCGAGGCUUAAUUCGAGCAUCCAACGCGACCAAUUGUUGCCUACAUCGAAAUAUUAUUUUCGAAUCAACGAAUGUCCCUUAGACUCUCGGAAAUAAAUUUUGACAACGAAAAUCUCGGAACCUUUGACCUCUCUAAAACAGAGUACAUGUAUACUGUAUCUACGUAGUAGAUUUCUUACAUUACUUUCCAUUUACUUCUCUAUUCGCUUAUUUCAAUUGAAAUACUCCAAUCGUCCUUCGUUUUGAAACUUCGCGAACGUAAAUUUGUAUUGGCAUGUAAAUUGUUACGAUUUCAAUGAGAAUAACUUUACAAUUGCAACAAGACUAUGUACUCGUAGAUGUUUUAGCCAAUCUAUUGUUUUUAGCUGUAACACAGCGUGAUACGAUGCGACAGAAAAUUUAAUCGACAAGCGAAUGCAAACGAGCUGUCGGUUCUUCGAGUAGAUUGAGAAUCAUUGUUGAAAAAGGCGAAGAACCGACAGUCGCGUUUAUAGUCUAAGGGUACGUCCACUCUUUGCCUUCCAACAUCUUUCACUAGAUCUCUUUGUCUUUAUCAUCGACAUGUGUUUUUUCUCCAAUUCACUUUAUAUCACGUUGCUAUUUGCAUACAUACUUAUAAGCAGACUUAUCACCGAUUGUGGGAUAAUUAAUUAAUCACUGAAUGUACAUAUAUCAUUCUUACCAGUGUUGGGUAGAUAUCAUUCUCACUGUUGUUAUUCGAAAUUUUUUAACGGACAACUAAAUUUUUCUUUUUCCAAUUAGUCAUAUAUAUAUAUAUAUAUAUUUUAUAUAUUAUACAUAUAUUAGUUAAAGUAUUAAAUAUAAAUAUAUAAAAAAUAAUUUAUAAAUUUCUUGAGGUACAUGUUAUAUUUAUUGAUAUAUCCUUGGAAAUAUAAUUUAUAUAUAUUAUUAUUAUUAUUUGUAAUACGUAAUAUAUGUGUACAUUAUAUAAACACGCAAACAAUAAUUAAUUUAUAUAUUCCUCAGGAUAUAUCAAUAGAACACAAUAAAUAUUUCAGGAUUUAUAAAUUAUUGUUAUAUAUAUAAACGAGAGACUGAAAUAAGGGUAUAUAUGUAUAAUAAUAUGUUACUUAGAUAACAUUAUCUUAUCAAGAGAUAACAUAAAUAAUUCCAAUAACGAAUAACUCCAAUAGUAAAUAAACCAUUUAUUAAUUAACAGUUCCCUUGCUAUUUUUAUUUCAUUGAAAUUUUAUUCGAACACAUACCCAACACUGGUUCUUGUCGUCGAAUGUGAUCAUCGCGGAAUGGUCUUGUCGCUUAUACAUCGGCAUCGUAUCGUAUGCGAGAAACUCGGGACCGACGUUUUUAGCAUGUAAUAUCUUCGAUUACCAAAAUACAAAAUGAACAAAAAAAAUUUUGAGAAAAGACCUAAUCUCUAUCGUUCAAAGUAUCGCUCUAAAUAUAUAUAUAUAUAUCAGAAGAAAUUACUAUAUUAUCAUGACAGUUAUCAUUAUUAUUAUUAUAUAUAUAUAUAUAUAUUUAUUAAUAUUUCAUAUUUAUUAUAUUGAUAUUUUUAAUUAAAUCGUAUCUAUUUCGAUACACCGAUGAAAGAGAGUUUAAAAUAUUGAAUUAUGCAAUUUAUCGACGUUUAACAUAUUCUCUUACCAUUGUCGUUCUACGAUACACAUAUAAUACAUAUUGUACAACUUUUUGGAAAAGGAACAAAUCACAAAUCUUUUUCGCAUGUUCACAAAGAAUUAUAAAUGGGAUAAAAUGAAAUCUAUUUCCAAACUUCGUCCUUUCUAUAAUCAGUUUUAAUAAAUGGAUGCACUCCGUUUGUCUCUUUGAAUUUUUAUCGAUGUACUGUUUCGAUUUUUACGAAUCAUUACCAAGAUCCUCUCUCUCCUCUUUCUCAGGUCAGGUGCCACAGUGAAACAACAGAACCAAAAUGUCGAAUACUUCCAAAAAAAAAAAAAAAAAAAAAAAAAAGAAAAACGAAAAAAAUGGUAAUCGAAGUUUAAUUCUCCAAAUGAUUCCGCUUUUCUUUCUCUUUGUUGGGUGCGAUCGAAUUUUUGCGUCCAAACUAUUAUGUAACAUUUCUUAACAAACUUUUUUCAGCAUAAUCGAAUUUUCUAUUCUCUCCGUUUAACAUGCUUUGUCGAGAUAUUUGGUGUUUAUUGAAAUUAUCUGUAACAAAGAUUUUGCUCAGUAUGCGCAUAGUAUUUCCGGCGUACGUUUAUUACGUUUAUUAUGUAUCGUAUUACACUGUUGAAGAAGAAUUGUACAGUAGGCAUCGGAGAAUUAAAAAAAAAAAGAGGCAAUGACGCGCAAAUUUUCAAAUGUAUACUGUAUUCAAUUUGCAAAAAUAUAUAAUAUAUAAUUACAAAAGUUA